AAUCAAAUAAAUGUUUUAGAGUCGGUUUGCUUUUGCAAGAGUCCUCUGAAGUAAUCAUUAACCUGUUAUGUGGAUAGUGGUGACUACAUGAUCACAUAUUAAACAUGCAACAGAGACCAAAGCUCAGAAACAAACAAGGAUAUCCGGUAUAAUAGGAGACAUCCUGUGAUGACAAAAGCUUUUAGUUAUAACAUUUUUCAAACAUAACUGGAGAGACUGCGGUAGAAAAUGAGUUCUCUGAGUCAGAUAUCAGAGGAGGAUCUACUGUGUCCUGUGUGCUUAGACAUCUUCACUGAUCCUGUGCUUCUGUUAUGCAGUCACAGUGUCUGUAGAGCUUGUCUGAAACAGUUCUGGAGCUCCAGAGGAUUUCAGGAAUGUCCAGUGUGCAGGAAAAGAUUCACAGAAUGUCAAACACCUGCUAAUCUUGCCCUACGGAACAUGUGUGAGUCAUUCUCACAGAAGAGAAGCUCAUUGCAGUCAUCAUCUGAGGUGUUCUGCGAUGUGCACGGAGAGAAACUCAAACUCUUCUGUCUGGAUGAUAACCAUCUUGUGUGUUUGGUGUGCAGAGAUUCAGAAAAACACCUUCAUCACACAUUCAGGCCUGUUGAUGAAGUCACACCGCUUCUAAAGGAGAAACUCAAGACUUCUCUGAAACUUUUACAAGAAAAACUUGAGAGCUUUAAAGAAAUCAAACAAACAUUUGAUGAUGCAGCACAACACAUUAAGGCUCAGACUCAGCAGACCAUGAGAUCCUUGCAGGAAGAGUUUGAGCGGCUUCAUCAGUUUCUGCGAGAUGAAGAGAUGAUCAGAAUAUCUGCACUGAAAGAGGAAGAGAAUCAGAAGAGUCAGCUGAUGAAGGAGAAGAUUGAACAAAUAGACAGAGAGAUAGAAUCUCUUUCAAACAACAUCAGAACUAUAAAAAAAGAUUUAGAUGCUGCUGACAUCCCCUUUCUACAGAACUUCAGUUUGUCGACAGACAGAGCUCAGAUCACACUGAAGGAUCCAGUGAUGCCUGCUGGAGCACUGAUGAAUGUAGCAGAACACCUGGGGAACCUGAAGUUUGAAGUCUGGCAGAAGAUGAUGGAGAUAGUUCAACUCACUCCGAUCACACUGGACCCCAACACUGCAUAUCCUUUGCUGUUCCUGACUGAUGAUCUGACUCAUGUGAAAUUCAGCGCUGAUGGACAACAGUAUCCAGAAAAUCCAGAGAGAUUCGACUAUUAUCACUGUGUGCUGGGUUCAGUGGGCUUUAAAUCUGGAACACACUUCUGGGAUGUGGAGGUCCAAAACAACACAUGCUGGUCUGUUGGAGUAACCACAGCAUCUAACCAGAGGAAAGAGGUGUUCUUUGACUCUGGAGUGUGGCGUGUGCGUUAUAUGGCUGAUCAGUACACUACACAGACACCACUGACGGCCCGCAAGCACUUAGCUGUUGAGAAGCGACUGAAGGUGAUCAGAGUGCAGCUGGACUGGGACGGAGGGAAUAUUUCAUUCUCUGAUCCUCUUACUAACAAACAUCUGUGCACCUUCACCAGCACAUUUACAGAAGCAGUCUAUCCAUUUCUCUAUAGCCGCUGUACAGAUUUCCCUCUCAGAAUCUUACCUGUGAAGCUCAGUAUAACCGUGGAGAAGCCACCAAAGUAGGUUGUAUGUAAAUAUUCUCACUAAUCAUUUUUAUGCAUGUGCGUGUGUAGGAUUUACUUAUUUCAUUGUUUGUGUCGUGCAUCACCAUUUGGAUGUUAAGUGUCCAUUUAUGUGAAAUGUAAAUUGUUUUAAACGUACCAUAUUUAAUUAAUAGAAAUAAUCAGCA